GUCACACUUUCGUUCAGUAUCUUGCAAAUUCCAGUUGGCCAAAGUCAGCGUUUCCCCAAAUUAGCCGUAUUAAGUUCAACAUGUCAUGGACGAGUGGCCUGUACAAGUCCCUGCUCCUGCGGAGCCAGCAGUCGCUGGUGCGUCCGGAUCUCGCCCUGCUGGACCUCCAAAUAUCUAAGCGGACCAUUCAGACGAUGAUCGGCCAGCAGCGAGUUUCGUGCUCCAGCCUCUCACGUGCCGCCGAAACCAUUGCCAAGAAGUGCGACGAGCUCUUCAAUGCCAAUGAAUUCGAGAAUGCCCUAACCACGCUCUAUGCGGACGGACGUCCGUUCGGCGGACAGUUUGCCCACGGGCGGUUCGAUAUGAUUAAACAGAGGAGCCUCUCCGUUUUCGAAGACACCUUGGGCGAGUCCCUGCGCCCCUUCAUGCAGCAGCACAGUGGCGUCCUGGAGCAGGUCAACCGCCGGCAGAAGGAGCUGGCCGCCCACGUGUCCCGCCCACUGUGGAAGGCGCUGCGCGACCGGCGGCAGUGCGACGUCCAGAGUGUGCUCGUCAAGGAGCGGCCCCAGCUGACCUCGCUGGAGAAGGCUCGUCGGCGGGCGAGUGAGCGACUGUACAACUACAACUACUUGGGCCGCAGCGCCGUCGACGUUGCGCUGCUGCGCCAACUGCGCGGCGACCGCGGCUUCCUCGAUCCGCUGAGGCUGGUCACCACGCCCCCCAUGCGCAAGCUGGCCGAGGAGCAGUUCACGAUUGUGCGGCGUCUUAUGAAAAUGCUUCACGCCCGCAAUCCGAUGUACAACCGGCGCUACGUGCGGCAGCGGCACGGCAGGAUUGCGGACGAGGAGCGGCGCCGGUGGCAGGAGAUGCACCUGUUCCACGCCCAGUACCAGACGCGACGCGACUGCAUGCGGAUGCUGCUCGAGGUGCAGAGGCGGCGCCGGGAGGGCGACGUGGACAGGCUGUCCGACUACGUGGAGCAGAUAAUGUCGGGAUUCGUGGAGUACAAGACGCAGCGCACGCUGCCCUGGAAGUGGGAGUUCAUCAACGACGUCUACAAUACCCUGGCACUGGCCCACUGCGAUCGGUGCAGGGUGCCAGCCAAUGUGGACUUUCUGCAGGCCCAGAAUCGACCCGUCUUGUACCUACUGCAGGCGGAGAAGCUGCGCGACAUGAGCGUCAGGUUCGGGGGACCCAACAUCUAUGUGGAGAUCGAGAAGGAGGAUGAGCGGCACAGCCGAGUGAACCAGAAGCUGGAGCAGCUGGAGAAUCGCCUGCGCCACUCCCGCUUUCCCAUCGAGCGAUCCUACUUGUUUUUCGAGAUCGCGCGCUGCCACUUCAAGGAGUCCCGCUUCGACAAGUGCCUCGUGGUGGCGCGCAAGGCCUUCAACGAGGCACGCAGCUGCAACUGCCUGAUCUGGCGGUUCAACAGCAUCUUCCUGGGCUGCCAGGUGCACGCCGUGCUGAAUCGCUUCGAGAGGCUGAAGGAGUCGCUGGCGCGGGCGAGUCAGUUGGCCAGCGAACUGAAGGCGCCGCAGCUGGUGGCCUACAUAGGCAUCUGCAUCAACGUGAACAACUACGACCUGGCAUUUCGGCGGAUUCGGCAGUCGGAUGUGGGCAAGCGGAGGUCCAGGAAGCGAAGUCCCGUCAGCACCAUCACAUCGAACAGCUCGCAGGGAUCGCUCAGCAGCACAUAGUGUACACUUGUUGCGCUUGGCUCUGCAUUUCACUGCAAUCUGUGGAAUGUAAGGCUAAGCGCAACAAGUUGCAAGUUUAGGGACGCGUUUUUACCAAUCGAUUCUUACCCUUUGAUUCGCCUUUUUCCGCAAAUAAACGCAGGGCAAGGGUCCAUUUAGAUAGCUUUCGAGAGA